UUUUAAAAUCGGUUUCGUCGCCGUCGAAGUCUGCCCGCAGACUGUCGCGACGGAGCCCUGCAGUUAAUUGUAUUUGUGUAGUGUUAAAGGAAAAACAUAAAAAUGGGGUCGUUAUUUAGAAGUGAAGAAAUGACUUUAUGUCAACUUUUUCUGCAAAGUGAAGCAGCAUAUGCCUGCGUGUCUGAGCUCGGUGAAUUAGGACUUGUCCAGUUUCGUGAUCUAAAUCCUGACGUAAAUGCGUUCCAACGCAAGUUCGUCAAUGAGGUCCGACGCUGUGACGAGAUGGAGCGUAAGCUUCGUUACUUGGAGAAGGAGAUUAGACGCGACGGCAUCCCGAUGCUGGAAAUUCCGGGCGAGUGCCCGGAAGCUCCGCAGCCCAGGGAGAUGAUCGAUCUUGAGGCAACAUUUGAGAAGUUAGAAAACGAGCUGCGAGAAGUCAACCAGAAUGCAGAAGCCCUCAAAAGAAACUAUCUCGAGCUAACUGAACUGAAACAUAUUCUCAGAAAAACUCAAGUAUUCUUCGAUGAGAUGGCGGACCCGUCGCGGGAAGAGGAACAAGUGACCCUACUGGGGGAGGAGGGCCUCAUGGCGGGAGGGCAAGCGCUCAAGUUGGGUUUCGUCGCCGGCGUGAUCCUUCGAGAGCGGAUCCCAGCUUUCGAACGUAUGCUGUGGCGAGCCUGCAGAGGCAACGUAUUCCUCAGACAGGCUGAGAUCGACACACCAUUGGAAGACCCCACUUCCUCGGACCAAGUGUACAAGUCGGUGUUCAUAAUCUUCUUCCAAGGAGACCAGCUCAAGACGCGCGUCAAGAAGAUAUGCGAAGGCUUCCGUGCUACCCUCUAUCCCUGCCCCGAGGCGCCUGCCGACAGAAGGGAAAUGGCCAUGGGCGUGAUGACCAGGAUCGAGGAUUUGAAUACGGUCUUAGGCCAGACCCAGGACCAUAGGCAUCGCGUCCUGGUGGCCGCCGCGAAGAACAUCAAGAACUGGUUCGUGAAGGUGCGCAAGAUCAAGGCCAUCUACCACACGCUGAACCUGUUCAAUCUGGACGUGACGCAGAAGUGCCUCAUCGCUGAGUGCUGGGUGCCCGCCCUGGAUAUGGAGACCAUACAGCUGGCACUUAGAAGGGGGACGGAACGUAGCGGCAGCUCUGUGCCGCCGAUUCUGAACCGCAUGGAGACUGCAGAAGAUCCGCCCACGUACAACCGCACCAACAAGUUCACCUUUGCCUUCCAGAACCUCAUCUACGCGUACGGAGUCGCCACCUACAGGGAGGUCAACCCAGCUCCGUACACAAUCAUCACGUUCCCGUUCUUGUUCGCGGUGAUGUUCGGUGACCUUGGCCACGGUGCUCUCAUGGCUGCCUUCGGCUUUUGGAUGUGCUACAAGGAGAAACCGCUGCAGGCCAAGAAGAUUGACAGUGAGAUUUGGAACAUAUUUUUCGGUGGACGCUACAUCAUCCUGCUGAUGGGCCUGUUCUCUAUGUACACGGGGAUCAUAUACAACGAUAUAUUCUCGAAGAGUCUCAAUAUCUUCGGCUCGUCGUGGCGCAACAACUACGACAACUCGACACUAGCGGAGAACAAACUUCUGCAACUCAAUCCGGACUCCAACGACUACCUGCAGAGUCCCUACCCCUUUGGAAUUGAUCCCGUUUGGCAGCUCGCUGAAUCAAACAAGAUCAUCUUCAUGAACGCGUAUAAGAUGAAAAUCUCAAUCAUCAUUGGUGUGUUCCACAUGCUGUUUGGUGUGUGCAUGUCUCUCUGGAAUCACCUCUACUUCAAGCGGCGCAUCAGCAUCUACGUGGAGUUCAUCCCGCAGAUAGUAUUCCUCACGUUGCUGUUCUUCUACAUGGUGCUGCUCAUGUUCAUCAAGUGGACCUCGUACGGGCCCACGCCUGGGAAGCUCGGCAGCAACGAUCCAGAAAUCAUCAAGACGUCUGCGUACUGUGCGCCGUCAAUUCUGAUCACGUUCAUCAACAUGAUGCUGUUCAAGACGGACCCCAACACCCGGCCGCAGUGCGAUGACGUCAUGUACGCCGGACAGAUGGGAUUCCAGAAGUUGUUCGUGAUCGUGGCGCUGCUGUGCGUGCCCAUCAUGUUGUUCGGCAAGCCGUACUACAUCAUGCGCGAGAGGAAACAACGCGCUCAAAGCCAACCGUUGGCCAACACUGAAGCGGCUGCAGAGAAUGGUGGCGUCGCCGGAGCAAUUCAGCCUGCUCAUCACGCAGAUGAAGAGAUAUCUGAAGUUUUCAUUCACCAGGCGAUCCACACGAUCGAGUACGUGCUGGGCAGCGUGUCGCACACGGCGUCGUACCUGCGCCUGUGGGCGCUCUCGCUGGCGCACGCGCAGCUGGCCGAGGUCGCCUGGAACAUGCUGCUGCGCAAAGGUCUGAUGUCGAAGGGUUUCCAAGGCGGCAUUUUCCUGUACGUCGUGUUCGCGGGCUGGGCUGCCAUCUCCGUCUCCAUCCUCGUACUGAUGGAGGGUCUUUCGGCCUUCCUUCACACACUUCGUUUGCACUGGGUGGAGUUCCAGAGCAAGUUCUACGCUGGUGAAGGUUACCUGUUCCAACCGUUUUCCUUUGAGGUGAUCCUCGACUCUGCUGGCCAGGCAGAAGAGUAAAUUCAAUCGCAUGCCCUCAACCCACCUACAGCUCAUCGUGGAAGGAUUUUAAAUGAGAAAGUAUCCCAUAUUCUGUCAUUAUUAUAUUAUACCUUAGAAAAAUUUUCUCGCACUAUAAAAUUGUGUCAUGUUAUUGUAAACCAAUGUAAUAAAAAUAUUGUUAUAGCUUUGUGAUUUAAUAAUAACAUAUUAUUAUAAAUAUUAUUCUGAGUUAUAGCCUACGAAUUCCUAGGGUAUGUAUUGCCAUCACAAAUAAUACUUUAGUGAGAUACACUAAUUCUAAUUCUGGAAUUUGUAUAUCUUUAACAAGUAGUCUUGUAGUGUUGGCGGCAGGUAUUUUGAAAUGGUAAUACUUUACUACUCAUUUAUUGUCUUAAAUUAUUAUAGUCCUUAGUGCUACUGUGUCUAGAAAAAAAAGGAGUAUAUUGCCUAAUAAACAGCAAAUAUUAAAAAUUAGACAUUUGUUAGUAGAUUAGUAAGGCAUGCUAUGAUCUUAAAUAUAUUAAAACUUCUUCUCUGUGUGUUGUAGUAAUUUCGAGGGUGUAUUUGUAUUUUUUUAUUUUUUACAAAUGGCAACAAUCUGUGCCAAAUUGUAAAUGUAAUUUCAGAUUUUAUUUAAGUAUUGAAAUAAAAUCCAAAUUUGUAUGAUCAUUGUCGACGUUUAAUAUUGUUUUUUUAAAUGUAGUAAUUUUAAUUUUCCGUAGUAUUGUGUUGUGAGAUGGUUUCUUUUAUAUUGUUCUUAUAAACUGUUUUGUAAGUAAAAAUGUACUUAAAACUUUGUAAAUUCACAUCCAAGGCUCUCUUUAAUUUUAAAAAUUCGGAUAUCGUUACAGAUAAUAGCUAAAGUGUGGAUACAGUUAUUGUCAUUCCAGUUGUUGUUCAAAGUAUAUAAAUGUUUACUAUAUAUCCGCAUGUAUGUAGAAUUGUAAAGCUUCAGGUUAUGAAUAAAUGACGUUCUGUCUAUUGC